UACUGAAGCUAGGGUUUGAGUGAGCAGCCGAUUUUAGAUGAUCAUCUCUGCUUAUUGACGGCAAUAAUCACCCAUAAGUCUGGAUCCUUUUGUAAAUCUUCGCAGGCUAGAUUUGGAAAAAGCACGUUCCUCUGUUUAGAUCUUCACCGGUUUAGUGUUUUGCAAGCAAAGAAUCAUAUCAUUGGUAGUUAAGUAGCAUCAGAACCCUGCUAUGAUUUAGGAAAUUGAUAAAUUGGGGGAGAAACACAUUUCGUCGAGUUGAGUUUUUGAGCGAUAAGGAGCUCCGAACAAUGGCGACCAAUGCAAUUCGUGAUGCGCUUAUGAAAAAUUCCAACUUUGGGAGCCAAGCUUUCAGCUCCAAAGGCCUAUUCUCCGGAAGCUUCGUGGGGGCCUCCUCCUCCGCCACUUAUCUCGCCAUUGCAACUCCUUUUGCUUAUCGAGCUUUGUUUGGGGAUGGCCCUUUGCACAUUACCUAUUGUGAUGCUGGUGCAGUCCUAGAUGAAGAUUUCAGUUCUGUUAUGCAGAGCGGGCAAGUUGGCUAUGUUGAUGCAUCUGUUGGUGUGAAGAGCAGUAAAAGUUUUUCCACUUGGAAUACUUACGGGAAUGAAGUAAGAGAUAGUUUCAAGCAGUAUGAUAUCCAGUUGAAACCACUCUUCUCAGCAUUUCAUUGGAAAAAUUUUGGCCUGACAUCAUUGAGGUCUUUUAUGUUAUUCUAUUUGCCUCUUUUGGAACCCCGUCCACCUAGAGAGGAUGAUGAGGAAGAUUUUCUAGUUGAGAAUCCAGAAGAGCAUCAUGUAGAUUUGGUUGAGCCAUUUAAGAAAUCAGUGAUACAAAUAGCCCGUGAGACGAGUGUGGUUACCACAAGGCGUAUCCUUGAAAGACUUGCUGUUCAUUUCGCUUCACAACGCAUAGCAUGGAAACUUCUGAAGGAUGUUCCCAAAUCCGCAAUUCGGAAGGCAGCAAGGAAAAUGCCAACUUGUACAUUCUGUUUUUGUGUUAGCAGAACCACCCUCAGAGGACAUCUCCUCGGAGUUGUAGCUUCAUGGGCUGUUCAAGUUGGCAUCAAUAUCUAUGGAUUUCUUUAUACAAUAACUAAAUCCAAGAAUGACAGUGAUGCAACAAUUGAUACAACAGAGGAAAUUAAGACACUUGGAAAGAAGGUUUAUGGUACCAGUGUCCGAUGUGUUUCCUCACUCGUUUUUGCUUCUAUCGGAGCUGGCAUUGGAGCUACGUUGAUUCGUCCCUCAACGGGGCAGUGGGUUGGGUGUUUGCUUGGGGAUUUAGGAGGACCAAUUAUUGUUACAUUCUGUUUCGAGAAACUUGGUUGGCCACUCUAAAGGCUCGUAUCAACAGAGAGAACAAUCGCUUCUACAGACAGACGCUUAUAUUUUUUUACUGGCACUUUUUCAUUUUUGCUCUGCGCUGGUUGAUUGUAACUUAGAAAUGGGGUAAUUUAUUUCAAAAUAAAUAAAAUUGAAUUAUUUACUCA